AUGCCAAUUAUUAAAGUAGCUUACCAAUCGACUGUGCGUCGUUUUUCUAUUGCUGAAACAACAACUUGGACUGAACUUGAAUCCAACCUUCGUACUUUGUUUUCCUUACCACCUACUUUACCUUUUUCUCUCUCAUAUACUGAUGAAGAUGGCGAUGUAAUCACUUUAUCAACUGAUUUGGAAAUUCAAGAUAUUUUAUCCAAUCAUCAUUCCAAUACUCCUUUAAGAUUCACUAUCAUUCCUCGCUCUACUCAAGACCCUCAACAAUCUCAACAAUUUAAUAAUGCCAAUAUUACUUUCCAAGCUCCUCCCGCUGAGCCAUUAUCUCGCCACGUAACGGUGACAGAUGAAUCUGAAGAACAAAUUUUUACUCCAAGCAUUCCUUCUAUCUCAAAAGGUAAGCAAAGAGCCGCUGAGGAAGACACUCCCUGCGAACCUAGUUCAACAGAUCAGCAAAAAUCGAAUGAAGAAGAAACCAGAGCUCCCUUCAUUGAUUUAGCUCAACGAUUUCAAAAUUUACUUGAACAGGUACGACCUGCAUUGGAUAAAAAUCCUCAACUCGUUGAACAAGCAAAUACUAUUAUGGAUCAAAUUUUACGAAAUAUUCCUGUCGAUAUUGAUAUGUGGGAUCAAUGGUUUAAAUCUCAUUUUAAUGAAUUUCAACAACAUCAAAAUUCUAACAAUUCACGUCAGUUUCCUUCAGUUUUUUCACAAAAUAUUGAACCAUGGCUACGAAGAGUAGGUCAAGAUGUUUUAAAUGCUUCUAAUUGUCCUUUUGUUGGACAAAGGCAACAAAAUGAUCAAAAACUUGAUGAUGAAACGUUAGAUGAAAAGUUAAAAAUUCUUCAUUCAAUGGGAUUCUGGGAAGAUGAUGUAAAAAAUAUUGAACUUUUAGAAAAAUAUUCAGGAAAUAUUGAUAAAGUAGUUGAAGUCUUAAUUACGAUACAAAACGAGAGAAUUGCAAAAGAGGAAUUAAAUCUUCAACCUUCCACAGAUGCAUAA